AUGACAAGUUUAUCUAAUUUCAUUUGCCAUGGGUUGCUAGUUCCCAUUCUUUUACUAUUAACUACACUUUUCAGCUCAACAUGCAAGUGUGGCAACAUAGUGAAGUACCUCCCUGGGUUUGAGGGACCCCUUCCUUUUGUGCUUGAAACUGGGUACGUAGGAGUGGGUGAAAAUGAUGAUGUGCAGGCUUUCAACUACUUCAUUGAGUCAGAGAACAAUCCUAAGGUGGAUCCUCUCAUGCUGUAUAUGCCUCGUCUACGAUACACAAGUCCAAUUACACUUAAGAUUGAGGAGUACAAUGGGAGCCUGCCUAAUUUGAUCUUGAGGCCACACUCAUGGACAAAAGUAAGUAGCAUUAUAUUUGUAGACUUGCCUGUAAAUACAGGCUUCUUAUAUGCCACAACAGAAUCUGCUUCUCACCGGAUCGAUUGGUCAUCAGUUCACCAAACCUAUCAAUUUCUUAGGAAGUGGCUAAUUGAGCAUCCAAAAUUUCUCACAAGUGAAGUUUACAUUGGUGGUGAUUCAUACUCCGGCAUUCCUAUUCCUGUAAUUACUCAUGAAAUUUCUCAAGGAAAUGAAGGAAUACAACCUAUUAUUAUAGCAAGAUGA